AUGCCAGAAAAAGUAAGAAAGUGCGGAAUACUUGCAUGGGCCAAAAAAAGAGUAAGUUCGCCCGUAAAUGCAUGCGCGGAGGAAGAGGCAAAGGACGGCGCUCUUUUUGAGCCGUCGCAGGAGUCCAGUUCGGCACAGACUCCAUGCGCUGAAAGCACAGACCUUUCGCAAAGCAGCGUAAGAGACGCAGAGGAGACUGUCGGACAGUUGUACAGCAAAAAAGCAGAGCACGAGUGCGAACAGCGGAUGCUGCCAUUCCUGUCUCCGCCGAAGGACAAGUUUGGAAGAACGCCUGCAGAUGCAGAGUACGACAAAAGCACGCUUUUUAUACCGGAGAGCGACUUGUCGGCCAUGACCCCGUGCGAGCAGCAAUUCUGGCGCAUAAAAAUGAACUACUUUGACACGGUGGUUUUUUUCAAGAAGGGAAAGUUCUACGAAAUGUUUGAAGAAGACGCUGCGAUUUCAGCCGAGCUUUUUGGCCUGAAGCUGACUCGGCGCGGGCUCAUGCGGAUGACAGGAGUGCCGGAGAUGGCUUUGGAGAUGUGGCUGGACAAGUUCCUGCACAAGGGAUACAAGGUCUCCAUUGUGGACCAGAAGGAGACCAGCGUAUCGCAGAACAUGCGGGUAAAGUCGGGCGAUGCAAAGCAAAAGAUCAUCGAGCGGGAGCUGAAGGAGGUUGUGACCGAGGUAACCACAAGCACGGAGGGCGCAGGAAUAUGCAGCUUGUUUGUGUCGGAAAUUCCGCACACGGGAAAGGUUUCUGUGCAGAUGGCAGUUCUUCGGCCGAUGGAGUCGGAAAUAUUCGCAGUCUCCUUUGAGGACGAUGAAGAGCUUUUCAAGGUGAAAAGCGUCGUUAAAAGAGAAAACAUCCGAGACAUUCUCACAGACAGCGCAUUUCCAGGGCGGGAGAACAUAAUAAAAAUCCGGCAGGACGUUUGGGACCAAAAUGUCUCGGACCUCAUGCAGCUUCUGGACACACAGAAGAUGGAGGCCGCAGAGAUAUCCGCGGUUAAAGUCCUUCUUUCGUACCUGAAGUAUCUGAAAUACACGUUUGCCCCAAAGGCGGUGGAGUACUCGGAGAGAAGCAGAGAGUACAUGCACAUGGACGGAAGAACGAUAGAAAUGCUCUGCCUCCUGGAUGGGCCGGAAAAAGGCGAGAGGGCAGGGAAAGGGUCUUCUUUGCUGCAGCAGAUAAACCAGACUAAAACCAAGCAGGGAAAAAGGCUUCUUAGAAAGUGGAUUAUUCACCCGCUGGCAUGCAUAGAGAAAAUAGAGAAAAGACAAAACACCGUGCAGGCCCUGGAAAAUGCCCCCGAGAGAGGCUCCAUCGAAGCGUGCCUGGGGAAGAUCCACGACAUAAACGACUACAUUAAAAAGGCGAAAAACCACAAAAUCCGCCCCGAGGAAAUAAGAAGGCUUGUCUCGACAUUGGAGGCAGCUGGAAGUGUUUGCGCCCUCCUGGAAAAAAUAGAAAGCACGCAGGAAACAGAGAACUCGUGUGUCGGGGAAAUCCGCAGAAAGCUCCAGUACUUCCCCGUGGGCGCAGAGCUGGUCGCUGGGUUUGACACGGCCGGAGAGAUCAUGCCCCUGGAGACGGAUCCGGACCUGCUCGCAGCCGAGAAGCACAAGCAGAAGGUGCUGAGAAUACUCGAUGAGUACGCAAAAAGGGAGUCUCUGCACGCAGGGAGAAACUUUGUUGUCAAGAAAAUAGGGCGAGAGCACGUCCUUGAGUGCAAGCAGCAGGAGAGAAUUCCGCAUAAAUACAUCCCCUCGGGCUCAACAAAAACAACCGCAAGGUACACAACCCCCGAGCUGAGAAAGCUCUCGGAAAGCUUCCUGGAGGCAGAGGAGAAGAUCUCGUUUCUCUCCACAGAGUCCAUCAGCAGAAUAUCGCAGAGAAUUGGCGCAGUCGAGGAGGAGCUCAAAAGCGUGUCGCUGGGCGCGGCAGAGCUCGACUGCUUUUUGUCGCUUGCCCACAUCCGAGGGGCGCGGGCAGAGCUUGCAGAUGAGUUCCAGGCCACGGGAAUCACAAACAUAAAGCACACGCACAUUCGAAACAGCCUCGAGGUCCAGAGAGACAACAAAAUAGUCGUUAUAACAGGCCCAAACAUGGCAGGAAAGUCGACGUUUUUGAGAAACGCAGCAAUAUCCAUUGUGCUGCGGCAGAUCGGAGCCCGCGUGCCCGCUGAGUCCUUCCGUGCCCCCGUGUACGACAGAGUCUUCACCCGAAUAGGGGGCGCAGACAACCUUUUCGAGGGCGAGUCUACCUUCCAGGUGGAGAUGAAGGAGACCGCUGAAAUUCUGUCAAACGCCACGGAGAAGUCCUUUGUUAUAAUAGACGAGCUGGGAAGGGGCACGUCCACGGCAGAGGGCGCUGCAAUUUCUUUGGCCGUUAAAGAGUACCUGAAAAAGCUAAGGUGCACGGCGCUGUACGCUACGCACUUCUUCAGCGCCAUACUGGAGACAGACGUGAAAAAAAAGAUGGACUACCAGUACAUGCUGAACGCCUCCAGCGAGAGGGAGAUCGUGUACACGUACAAGCUUGUCGACGGCGUGUGCGAAGACUCCUGCGGAAUAGACAUCUGUAAAAUAACAAAGGUCCCAAGGCGCGUGAUACAAAGGGCCACCGAGAUAAAAGAAGCCAGAGCCAGCCGCAGAAGCACAUAUGCCAUGGCGCAUAAAUAA